AUGAACAGCAGCAGCGCUAACAUCACCUACGCCAGUCGUAAGCGGCGGAAGCCGGUGCAGAAAACUGUCAAGCCAGUCCCAGCUGAAGGAAUCAAAUCGAAUCCUUCAAAGAGGCAUAGAGACCGACUGAAUACAGAACUGGACCGGCUGGCCAGCCUGCUGCCCUUCCCACAAGAUGUUAUUAACAAGCUGGACAAACUUUCCGUUCUUAGGCUCAGUGUCAGUUAUCUGAGAGCCAAGAGCUUCUUUGAUGUUGCAUUAAAGUCCUCCCCAGCUGACAGAAAUGGAAUCCAGGACAACUGUAGAAGCAAAUUCAGAGAAGGCCUGAACUUGCAGGAAGGAGAAUUCUUACUACAGGCACUAAAUGGCUUUGUACUGGUUGUCACUACAGAUGCUUUGGUUUUCUACGCUUCUUCCACCAUACAAGAUUACCUGGGGUUUCAGCAGUCUGAUGUCAUCCAUCAGAGUGUAUAUGAACUGAUCCAUACCGAAGACCGAGCUGAAUUUCAGCGCCAGCUGCACUGGGCGUUAAAUCCUCAACAGUGUCCAGACUCCGGACAAAGAAUUGAUGAAGCUAAUGGACUCUCCCAGCCAGCCAUGUAUUAUAACCCAGACCAGAUUCCUCCAGAGAACUCUUCGUUUAUGGAGAGGUGCUUCGUCUGCCGACUCAGGUGUCUGCUAGAUAAUUCAUCUGGUUUUCUGGCAAUGAAUUUCCAAGGGAGAUUGAAAUAUCUUCAUGGACAGAACAAGAAAGGGAAAGAUGGCUCGAUGCUUCCACCUCAGUUGGCUUUGUUUGCAAUAGCUACUCCCCUGCAGCCACCAUCCAUACUUGAAAUUCGAACCAAAAAUUUCAUCUUUAGAACCAAACACAAACUCGACUUCACACCUACUGGUUGUGAUGCCAAAGGAAAACUUGUUUUAGGCUACACUGAAGCAGAGCUGUGCAUGAGAGGAUCAGGAUACCAGUUCGUUCAUGCUGCUGACAUGCUCUACUGUGCUGAGUACCACAUCCGAAUGAUUAAGACUGGAGAGAGUGGCAUGAUAGUGUUCAGGCUUCUUACGAAAGACAAUCGAUGGGCUUGGGUGCAGUCAAAUGCACGCUUAGUUUAUAAAAAUGGAAGACCAGAUUAUAUCAUUGCAACUCAGAGACCUCUAACAGAUGAAGAAGGAAUGGAGCACUUAAACAAACGCAAUAUGAAGUUGCCAUUUAUGUUUACCACUGGAGAUGCCGUUCUAUAUGAGAUAAGCAGCCCCUUUCCUUCCAUAAUGGAUCCCUUACCAAUAAAGACUAAAAAUGGUGCUGGUGGAAAAGACACAUCAACUCUAAGUAAGGAUUCCCUCAGCCCCAGUUCCCUCCUGAAUGCCAUGAUGCAACAAGAUGAGGCUAUUUAUCUCUGUCCUGCUUCAACUAGUACACCUUUUGAAAGGAAUUUUUUCAGUGACUCUCUGAAUGAGUGCAGUAACUGGCAAAACAGUGUUGUACCUAUGGGGAGUGACACUAUCCUGAAACAUGAGCAGAUCAGCCAGUCUCAGGACAUGAACCCAACUCUCUCUGAAGAUCAUGCCAGGCUCUUUGCAGAUAACAGAAACAGUGACUUGUACAGCAUUAUGAAACACCUAGGCAUUGAUUUUGAAGACAUCCAACACAUGCAACAGAAUGAGGAAUUUUUCAGAACUGACUUUUCUGGUGAAGAUGACUUCAGAGAUAUUGACUUAACAGAUGAAAUUCUGACCUACGUUGAAGACUCUUUAAAUAAGCCUACCUUCGGGUGUUCAGGGUACCCUCAGCAGCCAUCCGUGGCUCUGAACCCUAGCUGUAUGGUCCAGGAGCAGCUCCAGUUAGACCAGCAGCAGCUGCAGCCCCAUCAGAUGCACACAGCAGUGGAGCAGCAGCAACAACUGUGUCAGAAAAUGAAGCAUAUGCAAGUUAACAACAUGUUUGCAAACUGGAAUUCUAACCAAUCUGUGCCUUUGAAUUGUCCUCAGCAAGACCUCCAGCAGUACAAUGUCUUUGCAGACUUACCCGGGGCUAGUCAAGAGUUUCCCUACAAACCUGAGCUUGAUCCUAUGCCUUACUCCCAGAACUUGAUACCCUGUAGUCAGCCUGGGUUGCCACCACAACCUCAGGGUACACAGUUAGACUUUCCCAUGGGUAAUUUUGAACCAGCCCCGUACCCUACUACUGCUUCUAAUUUAGAAGAUUUUGUCUCAUGUUUACAAGUUCCUGAAAACCAACAGCAUGGACUCAAUCCACAGUCGGCCAUGGUAGCUCCUCAGACGUGUUACACCGGGGCUGUUUCAAUGUACCAGUGCCAGCCAGACCCUCAGCACAGCCAGCUGGCUCAGAUGCCGUACAACCCAACCACGCCGGGCUCACAGGCAUUUGUAAACAAGUUUCAGAACGGAGCAAUUUUAAAUGAAACAUAUCCAGCUGAAUUAAAUAGCAUGAGUAACACUCAGCCUGCCACCCAUCGUCACCCAUCAGAAGCCAGAACUUACCCUGAUUUGACAUCUGGUGGAUUCCUGUAA